AUGAUGACGUGCCGUCUGCUGUGCGCCCUGCUGGUGCUCGCCCUGUGCUGCUGCCCUUCCGUGGGCGCGACAGGGAGUGAAGAUACAACUGUUGAAGUUGGACAGGGUCCAACGCCCCAGGAUUCAGGGAGUUCAAGCGAUUCCCAAAUUACAGGAGCAAAAGUUACGGAAGAUAAUGGACAGAGUUCAGAUAUGGAGCCCAAUUUGUCAGAGAGACAAUCGACGACCGCUUCUGCUCCAGCAACUCCAACAUCGACAGGUACAGAAGAAGGACCAAGUGAACUGCCCACUUCGCAAGAUGGAAGAGGUGCGACUGCUCAGCCAGAGGCAUCAGAAGUGAAUAGUCUUUCACCAGGAUCAACAGGUGAUUCCGAUAAGUCAGAUGUAAAUAAUCCGGAGCAUAAUAAUGAAUUGGCGCUAGUUGGUAAAGAAGUUAAGGAACAGGCACCAACCACGACCACCACAACGACCACAACUACAACAAUGGCGCCAACCACGACGACCACCCGCGCACCGUCACGUCUUCGCGAAAUCGAUGGCAGCCUCAGCAGCUCUGCGUGGGUGUGUGCCCCGCUGCUGCUCGCCGCAUCCGCGCUGGCGUACACCACUCUGGGCUGA